AUGGCUUCUUCCGAGCUGUCUGCGGAUGCCAUCGAAAGCUUUAUAUCCUUCACAAAUGCCACGCGGGAACAGGCGAUAGCUUUCCUUGAGGCAAAUAACCAUGAUUCCAAUAGAGCUAUCAAUGCCUACUUUGAAAACCCUGGCAGCGUGCAAGCUGAGGUAUGGCCUAUGCCACCUUCUAGUCAGCAGGAGCGAUAUGGAUACCAGAAUCAAAAUGUACCUUCCUUUAGAAUUGACGCCGAUCCUGUGCACCCUGUCGGAUACCGAUCAGCUCCUUCACGUCCCCCGUCGAGAAUUGGUUCUCACGACCACCUAGAAGAUGCUAAGUUGGGCCAGCCGAUCCGGGGCUCCACAAAUAGGCUUGAUGAUGUAGGAGAACCAGGCCCAACUGUGCGUAUGUCUCUUGCGGAACAGGAGGAGCAUGAGUUGCAGCGGGCAGUAGCAUUGUCAUUGAACGCUGAAUUUGCUGGUAAUGGCGAUAUUUCUAUCGACGAAGGCGGCCAGGAAACUGGUGUAGUUCAACUCCACACGAAUCACACCAGCUUUGGGCCUGCUACCAAGAGUCAUUAUGAGGAAACAGCCUGGGCAUUAACGUUGCUGGAUACUACUGCUCGCGACGUGUGCAUCCACCCAGACCCGGAGGAGCGAAAGAGGGCAAACGAUGAGCCUGCUUUCCUUCGCCCUUCAGCCGAUAUGGAAUACCUCGCUGGCUUCGUAACUAUUCUCCAUGCAAUCCCGCUGGCGAGAGAAGCUUUAUUGCUUAGGGAUAAAGUCAUCCGAGACUAUGGCAAUGACCCGCAGUGGUGGAAUGGACAGCCUAUUAACCUCCCAGCCUCAGUAACCCUAGCUGAUGAUGGGUACAUGGAUGAAGAUGAACCUAAUGUUCUUCUACUUGAAACACAGAGGCUUAUGGCAUUUCUGGAUUCAACUCAUCGUGCAUUUGGAAGCGCUGAUAUCCUAGCCAAUCUUGACUAUUCUCGAAGUGACAACUCCGAUGAUUACAGUAUUGGCCAAUUUUUGGAAUCAUGGCAAAUAUCUGCCGUAACAGCAACCCCAGAUAACCAGCUGGCUACUGUAUUCUCAUCCAUGGCUUCGAAGAGGCCAUUUUCUAUCAACGACGAACCGAUUGAUAGGGAAUUCCUCACAUUGACGCUUUCUGUUUAUCCGGAGUAUGCAGAAACGUUAUACGAUGUCAUGGACACGUCGAUGUGGAAUGAUUCAAUGGAAUCAGAGCUUGAUGAUAUAUGGAUUGACCGUAUUGGUGAAGUGUUCUCUCUACGGUUGGAUGCUGCGGGAGAUCAGAAAUCCGUUAACGUAAAAAUCCCUGCGGUGUGGUAUCCCGACCGGUAUAUGGAGGCGUGCAGGGAUAUCUCUCGUGAUAUUCGAAAAAAGAGAAUCGAGGCUUAUAUAGAGAUUGAAAGACUGCAUGAUUUAAUGCAGCGCUUCUCAACUUUGAGAAUUGGCGACUAUACCUCCCACAUCAAGAAUAGUUUUAAUUUAGCUGUCAAUGCGUUGCAGGUUGCUUCGCGGAAUAACCUGGCCAAUGGGUCUCACGAAGGCGCAGAAGAUACACCAGAUCAAACUAUCGUAUCGCAUGAGGCUGUCAUAGAUCUCGCGAACGAGUUGAGGGGCCUCACAGAGAAAAUCGACGAGAAGCUACAAUGCCUGGAGGAGAGAAAAUAUGAGGCGUUAGCUUCAUUAAGACGGUAUUCAAAGGAGCUUACGACUCCGUCUGACGAUCCUACGAAACCACCAUAUAACAAAUACACGUUGCGAGGCGUGUGCACGCUUCCACAUGUCACAUAUGUACUGAGACGCUGCAAAAAGCUCGUCGACGACACAGAUGAGUCCACCUCCACAAACCCAACCCCUGAUGCAUGGCAGUGGUGGCGGAUCAGCUUUUCCGUCGAUGACGCCAAAGCUCGACAUGCAGAAGCGACUCAGACACCCAUAGUACCCUCCUCCCAACAAUAUCCGGCCAAGGCCCAACCACAAAAGAGGCCGAGAGUUCCCCUACCAACCAAUGCUGAUGUGGCUGGUUAUUCGGUGCGACCUGUCCGGGAAAUAGAGGUUCUACGCGCUGCGAAGGAUGAAUCCCGUUCUGUGAUUCUUGUAUAUGCAAAUGAAAAUGCGGUGAAUUUUAAGGAGGAGCCCCUUCCACCGGAACUACAGGCAUUUGUGGAUGCUGACAACAAAGCCUUCGGAACUGAGUUAGAAGAAAUUGCCCGGAGAAUAGAGCAAGGGGAUGAAACUGUACCAUCAAGCGAAAAUUUAUGGUCUGACCUCGAACCUCUAGGCGGCCAGUCAGAUGACAUUGUCAUUGAUGGAGCGCAACAGAUUGAUGUAAGAAAUGUGGAAAUGGAACGUGUGCCUAAGUCAUUGUCGUCGACGGAGGAGGUGGAAGUUAAACAAGGCAACUGUAAAAAACAAGGGUCAUACGAUGAGCGCGAUCCUACAAGGAUGCUUUCCAAAUCCGCGGCACUACCCACAACGAACGUGUUCGACUAUGAAGUAUCUUCGUUUUCGGAUACACCACCGAGUGAGGAGGAAAGGGGACCGGAGAUGCAGGAGCGGGCUGGUGGUAGUGGCAGUGGACGUGGCAUAUUGGGCGUUGGCAGUGAUGGGAAUAGCUGGGUAAAUUUUUCCAUGCCACCGUCUGAUCCUAUGGACGGAAUUCGGAAGGAGGGUGAUAACAAUGACAGCAAUCCUGAUAAGGUACUAUUAGAGUAA